UUUUUUUUUUUUUUGAGAUGGAGUCUCGCCCUGUGUCGCCCAGGCUGGAGUGCAGUGGCGCGAUCUCGGCUCACUGCAAGCUCCACCUCCCGGGUUCACAGCGUUCUCCUGCCUCAGCCUCCUGACUAGCUGGGACUACAGGCGCCCGCCACCACGCCCAGCUAAUUUUUUGUAUUUUGUUUAGUAGAGACGGGGUUUCACCGUGUUAGCCAGGAUGGUCUCGAUCUCCUGACCUCAUGAUCUGCCUGCCUCGGCCUCUCAAAGUGCUGGGAUUACAGGUGUGAGCCACCGUGCCCGGCCGCUUGAGUAAUCUUUGAUUGACAGUUGCUUCUAGCCAAGCAUUGUUCUAUAAUUUUUUUUUUUUUUUUUUUUUGAGACGGAGUCUCGCUCUGUCGCCCAGGCUGGAGUGCAGUGGCGCAAUCUCGGCUCACUGCAAGCUCCGCCUCCCGGGUUCACGCCAUUCUCCUGCCUCAGCCUCUCCGAGUAGCUGGGACUACAGGCGCCCGCCACCACGCCCGGCUAAUUUUUUGUAUUUUUAGUAGAGACGGGGUUUCAUCGUGGUCUCGAUCUCCUGACCUCGUGAUCCACCCACCUCGGCCUCCCAAAGUGCUGGGAUUACAAGCGUGAGCCACCGCGCCCGGCCUAAGAUUUCUUAUAAGGAUAUUCCCUGUAGUUUUUAGUUUUUGGGUACUGUCAGCAUUAGUAAGCAGUCUCAAUUACAGGCAUAAAGUGUCUCAGACUAAAUCAGAGUAUUGUGGUUAUGUUUAGGGCAAUCUCCAGUUACAGAUUGAAAUCGGUUCACUUGAAUAUCUACUGAUUCCCCAGAAAUCAGUGAUCUCCUACACUUGAUAAACACCGAGCUGGUAGGUUAUCUGAUGACCCAGGAGGAUAAGGCUGAGUUUUAAUUUCAUCCUUACAAGUGGCACACUUCCAUGAAACACUCUGCCUCUUAGUUGAGAAUUAAGUUUUCACCCAUUUGUUCAUUCUUCAACAUCUAUUUAUUGAAAGCUUAGGAUAUGUCAUAUCAGACUAUAUGUGAUGGUUUUAGAAGUUGGACAAGAUAAAUGUAAAAAUAAAUAAAAAGGUAUCAAAUUAUGUGCCAAGGAUUAAAAGGUGAAUAAACCAUGAUUUCUACCCUGGAGAGAGCAACAAAAUCAGUGGUUAUCUCUUAUGUGUGUUUGUGUUUCUAUUUUAAGCAAAUGCAUUAAGUUGUAUAAUUAUCCAUUGAAAAAAGGUAAAUACGUUUAAUGAAAGGAACAAGUGGGUUUAUCCUACCACUUUGGCCUGAAUUCACUUUAGUGUCCUCUCAGUACAAUUCUUCUAGUACAUUAGAAUGAUUGGAUUUACAGAAAAGAUACAGUCUACAUGCAUUCCUUGAGAAAAACAUCUAUUACAGAUUUUUUUUUUUUUUUUUGGUCAUGGUCUCCCUCUGUCACCCAGGCUGGAGUGCAGUGGCACGAUCUGGUAUCAUUGCAACUUCCACCUCCCAGGCUCAAGCCAUCUUGCCACCUCAGCCUCCCAAGAAGCUGGGACUACAGGCAUGUGCCACUGUGCCCGGCUAAUUUUUGUAUUUUUUGUAGGGAUGAGGUUUUGCCAUGUUUCCCUGGCUGGUCUUGAACUCCUGAGCUCAAGUGAUGCUUCCACUUCAGCCUUCCAAACUGCUGGGAUUACUGGCAUGAAUCAGCAUGCCUGGCCUACAGUCGAUUCUUUUGCUUCUGUCUAGAUAGUGUCAAUUAUUGUUUCAGGUUUGAUCAUCUUUUUUUUGGACAAUUUCUUUUUUCCUCAUCUAAUAUUCUCCGUAGUAUGCCUUUAAUGAAGUCAAGGAGCUAGGUAAAGUGAAUAAUGUCAGAAACGUUUGUCAGGUCACAGGUGGAAUUUGAAGAGAACCAUUUUAGAGAUCUUGAAUGAACUGCCCUAUUUUUGGGGAAUGACCUUCAGAUUGGGCUCUGUUUAUGGACUUGUCUCCCCCAUGAAACUGUAGGUAUCUAAUGCAAUGCUUUGUACAUUCAUAUUAGCUAUUCAGUAAGUGUUUAUUGAAUGAAUCACUCUGAAACCUACUUCUGCUUGAGAUGUUGUGACUCUAGUACAGUAAUUCCUUUUUUUUUAAAUUUUCCUUCCUAAGAGAUAGAAUCCUGCUAUAUUAUUGUAUCAGUCAGGGUUCUCUAGAAGGACAGAACUAAUAGGAUGGAUAUAUAUAUAUGAAGGGGAGUUUAUUAAGUAUUAACUCACAUUAUCACAAGGUCCCACAAUAGGCCAUCUGUAUGCUGAGGAGCAAGGAAAGCCAGUCCAAGUCCCAAAACUGAAGAACUUGGAGUCCGAUGUUUGAGGGGAGGAAGGGUCCAGCACGAGAGAAAGAUGUAGGCAGGGAGGCUAGGCCAGUCUAGUCUUUUCACAUUUUUCUGCCUGCUUGCCAUGCUGGCAGCUGAUUAGAUGGUGCCCACCCAGAUUAAGGGUGGCUCUGCCUUUCCCAGCCCACUGACUCAAAUGUUAAUCUCCUUUGGCAACACCCUCACAGACAUGUGCAGGAUGAGUGUUUUGCAUUCUUCGAUCCAAUUAAGUUGAUACUCAGUAUUAACCGUCACAAUUACCCAGGCUGGAAUUCAGUGGCCAUUCACAGGCCUGAUGUCACUAUAGCUUUGACCUCCUGGCCUCAGUCAGUCCACCUGCCUCAGCCUCCAUGGUAGCUGGAACUACAGGCCCAGCUACAUAAUUUCCUUCUUGACUCCUGAGAUUCCUAUGUUGUACAGCAGUGGGUUCUCAAAUCUUUUGCUCUCAGGACUCCUUUAUAUUUUAAAAAAUUAUUGAAAACCCCAAAUAGCUUUUGUUUAUAUGAGUUCUAUCUAUCAAUAUUUUCUCUAUUAAAAACUAAUACUGAUAAAUUUUUAAAAUAUGUAUUAAGCCUCACUCUGUCAGCCAGGCUGGAAUGCAAUGGCAUGAUCAUGACUCACUACAGCCUCCGCCUCCUAGCUUAAACAAUCCUCCCACCUCAGCCUCCCCAGUAGCUGGGACCAGAGGUACAUGCCAUCACACCUGGCUACUAAUUGUUUUAUAUAUAUAUAUAUAGUUUUUUUGUUUGUUUGUUUGUUUGUUUGUUUUGAGACGGAGUCUUGCUCUGUCACCCAGGCUGGAGUGCAGUGGCGUGAUGUCGGCUCACUGCAAGCUCUGCCUCCCAGGUUCACACCAUUCUCCUGCCUCAGCCUCCCAGCAGCUGGGACUACAGGCGCACGCCGCCACACCCGGCUAAUUUUUUUUAUUAUUUUUAGUAGAGACAGAGUUUUACUGUGUUAGUCAGGAUGGUCUCGGUCUCCUGACCUUGUGAUCCACCCGCCUCGUCCUCCUAAAGUGCUGGGGUUACAGGCGUGAGCCACGGCGCCCGGCUUUUUUUUUUUUUUUUUUUUUUUUUUGAGACAGUGUUGCUCUGUCGCCCAGGCUGGAGUGCAGUGGCGUGAUCUCAGCUCACUGCAACCUCUGCCUCCUAGGUUUAAGCAGUUCUCCUGCCUCAGCCUCCCGAGUAGCUGGGACUGCAGGUGUGCCACUACACCCAGCUAAUUUUUGUAUUUUUAGUAGAGACGGGGUUUCACCAUAUUGGUCAGGCUGGUCUCAAACUCCUGACCACAGGCGAUCCACCUGCCUUGGCCUCCCAAAGUGCUGGGGAUUACAGGCGUGAGCCACCACGCCCAGCCACUAAUUGUUAUAUUUUUUGUAGAGACAAGAUUUCACCAUGUUGCCCAGGCUGGGCCUUUUUUUUUUUUUUUUUUUUUUGAGACGGAGUCUCGCUCUGUCACCCAGGCUGAAGUACAGUGGCGCAAUCUCGGCUCACUGCAAGCUCCGCCUCCCGGGUUCACGCCAUUCUCUUGCCUCAGCCUCCCGAGUAGCUGGGACUACAGGUGUCUGCCACCAUGCCUGGCUAAUUUUUUUGUAUUUUUAGUAGAAACGGGGUUUCACCAUAUUAGCCAGGAUGGUCUCGAUCUCCUGACCUCAUGAUCCACCUGCCUUGGCCUCCCAAAGUUUUGGGAUUACAGGCCUGAGUCACCACGCUUGGCAAUUUUUUUUUUUUUUUAAUGGCCCUCAAAGGAAACUGCAAAGAUCACUUGAGCACAGACCAUGCAAGAAAUGUUGGGUUUGGUGGUAUAGGUAUCUUGAAAAGUGCAAUACCUUGUAUACAGGGAAUCCUAUUCUUUUAAGAAUUUAUUCAGAAGAAUACAUUGUAACUUUUGGUUCUCAGGGAUUGUUUUUCAUUUUUAAAAAUUACUGAGGACUCCAAGGAGCUUUUGUUUAUAUGGGUUACAUAUGCCCAUCAACUUUACCAUAUUUUAAAUUAAAAUUGAGAAAUUUAAGAAAUGCUAACCAGGCACGAUGGCUCACCCCUAUAAUCCCAGCACUUUGGGAGGCCUAGGUGGGUGGAUCAUCUGAGGUCAGGAGUUCAAGACCAGCCUGGCCAACACGGUGAAACCCCGUCUCUACUAAAAAUGCAAAAAUUAGCCAGGCAUGGUGGUGCACGCCUGUAGUCCCAGCUACUUGGGCAGCUGAGGCAGGAGAAUCACUUGAACCUGAGAGCAGAGGUUGCAGUGAGCCAAGAUAGCGCCACUGCACUCCAGCCUGGGUGACAGAGUGAAACUCUGUCUCAAAAAGAAAUUUAAGAAAUGCUUAUUAAUUCAUUAAAAAUAACAACAGGCCAGGUGCAGGGAUUCACACUUGUAAUCCCAACACUUAGGGAGGCAGAGACAGGAGGAUAGCUUGAGCUCAGGAGCUUAAGACCUAUGUGGGUAACACAGCAAGACCUCGUUCUCCACAAAAAGGAAGAAAAUAGACAAAAAAAAAAUUAAUAAAUUGAUUUACACGUUAACAUAAAUAAGCUUUUAGAAAAAUAUUAUUUUCCAAAAGAAAAAACAGAAGAACAGCGUUGAUUUUACAUUUUUGCAAAUCUCUUUAAUAUCUGGCUUAAUAGAAGACAGCUGGAUUAUCCUAGCAGCUUCUACAUUCAAUCUCUUGUGAUAUAUUGUUUUGAUUGAAGUAUAUGAAGAAAAGAUGGCCUCACACAGCUUUGUCACUGAAAAGCAGGAAGUAUUUUAAUAGCCCUUUCAAAUAAUUUGAUAUUUAUCUUUGAUACUACACCAAAACACAAGUAGCAGUUUUUUUGUUUGUUUUGUUUUGUUUUUUUUUUGAGAUGGAGUCUUGCUCUGUUGCCAGGCUGGAGUGUAGAGGCGCGAUCUCACUGCAACCUUCAACUCCCUGGUUCAAGCGAUUCUCCUGCCUCAGCCUCCCGAGUAGCUAGGAUUACAGGCAUGUGCCACCGCACCCAGCUAAUUUUUGCAUUUUUAGUAGAGAUGGGGUUUCACCAUGUUGGCCGGGAGGGUCUAGAUCUCUUGACCUCGUGAUCCACCCACCUUGGCCUCUCAAAGUGCUGGGAUUACAGGGGUGCCACGCUCAGCCACAAGUAGCAGUUUCUUAAACGUUGAUUGCUAGGUAGAAUCUGAAGCCAUAUUAAUGAGCUUUUCAUUUUAUUAUGUUAAAAUCCAUUGUUCUGUGUUAAUUGUGUUUUGUUGUUGUUGUUUUGAGGUGGUGUUUCGCUCUUGUCGCCCAGGCUGGAGUCCAGUGGUGCACUCACAGCUCACUGCAACCUCUGCCUCCCGGGUUCAAAUGAUUCUCCUGCCUCAGCCUCCCAAGUAGCUGGGAUUACGGAUUUAUUGCCAAACCCUGUGCACUCCGUAUUGGCAUUGAGGACAGUGGUCCUUAUCAGGCCCAACCCAAUGCCAUCCUUGAAAAGGUGUUCGUAUCUAUUACCAAGUAUCCUGAUAAGAAAAGGCUGGAGGGCCUGUCAAAGCAGCUGGAUUGGAAUGUCCGAAAAAUCCAAUGCUGGUUUCGCCAUCGGAGGAAUCAGGACAAGCCCCCAACGCUUACUAAAUUCUGUGAAAGCAUGUGGAGAUUCACCUUUUAUUUAUGUAUAUUCUGCUAUGGAAUUAGAUUUCUCUGGUCGUCACCUUGGUUCUGGGACAUCCGACAGUGCUGGCAUAACUAUCCAUUUCAGCCUCUUUCAAGUGGGCUUUAUUACUAUUAUAUCAUGGAAUUGGCCUUCUAUUGGUCCCUUAUGUUUUCUCAGUUUACAGACAUUAAAAGAAAGGACUUCCUGAUCAUGUUUGUGCAUCACUUGGUCACCAUUGGGCUUAUCUCCUUCUCCUACAUCAACAAUAUGGUUCGAGUGGGAACUCUGAUCAUGUGUCUACAUGAUGUCUCAGACUUCUUGUUGGAGGCAGCCAAGCUGGCCAAUUAUGCCAAGUAUCAGCGGCUCUGUGACACCCUUUUUGUGAUCUUCAGUGCUGUUUUUAUGGUUACGCGACUAGGAAUCUAUCCAUUCUGGAUUCUGAACACGACCCUCUUUGAGAGUUGGGAGAUAAUCGGGCCUUAUGCUUCAUGGUGGCUCCUCAAUGGCCUGCUGCUGACCCUACAGGUUCUGCAUGUCAUCUGGUCCUACCUAAUUGCACGGAUUGCUUUGAAAGCCUUGAUCAGGGGAAAGGUAUCUAAGGAUGAUCGCAGUGAUGUGGAGAGCAGCUCAGAGGAAGAUGAUGUGACCACCUGCACAAAAAGUCCCUGUGACAGUAGCUCCAGCAAUGGUGCCAAUCGGGUGAAUGGUCACAUGGGAGGCAGCUACUGGGCUGAAGAGUAAGGUGGUUGCUAUGGGGACUUCAGCACACAUGGACCUGUAGGGCCACUGGCAACAUACUCCUCUUGGCCCUUCCCAUAUCUACUCUUCUGUGACUGGGAGACUGCAAGGCACUGAGGAGUAUCAAAGAAGCAAAUAUUUUCACUUUGAAAGAAAACUGCCGUUUUGUAUUUAAUAGCCUCCAGGUUCUUUCAGUAAUGUUAUUUGCUCUGUGUGUUUUUCUGUGUUUGUUGAUGUGCAUUUGUGCAUAUGCGUGAGUUUCAUUGCCAGGGUUGGGGCACAAUUCUGGACUGGGGCCAUGAGGCCUUCCCUGGUCCCCAUUGAACCCGCCUUAGUUCCUUCCACAUUUGGCUGCAUCUUGAAUUAUGCCGACUCCAGACUGUCUCCUCCUUUUUUGCCCUUGGCUUUUGAGGCUCUAAACCCCUGAACCAUCUAAAUGGAGCAGCCAAGUUCAGUCCCAGAUUUCUGCACUGUUCCUCUUUCACAGCUGGAAUAUGUCGCAUGAUGAAGUUGUAUAGAAACAGAACCAUGGAUGGAUGGCCAGGAUUGCCGUGGUCCCUAGCUAGAUCCCCUUCCUAUCACCUGAUAGCAACAGGGACAGCUGCCAAUACCCUGCUCUUUACUCAAUGGUACCCAGGGAGGGAGCAUGGGAAGAGGGUAAGCUGAGGGCUGGAGGAGGGCAACAGCCACUGGGUGAGCUGUUCACCAUCUUAUACUAUUGUUUGUGAUUAAAAGUGCUUCAACCCA